GCGAUCGUGGAGUGUACGGAGAUAAUGACGAAAUUCACACGCCACCUCGACCGCGUCGCGACGGGACGAGCGAGGGGAUCGCUUCGCUAUUAGAGACGCCACCAUCAUCCGCUCGUUCGUUUACCUCCACACGGAGAGGAGAUGUCCUUCACAAAUGGGAUGCAUGCGCAGGGCUGAUCGUUGCCAUGGAUACCAACACGCGAAAAUUCACAGUGAAGAGAUGGUUUUCCAUCUAUCUGAAGAACAAGGCCGCCCGAAACAAGACCACGACGGGAUUCUGUCAGCUGGAGGAUGACAGCAUACUCAAGGAGAUUGACAUCAGCCACCAUGUGAAAGAAGGCUUUGAGAAAGCUGACCCCUCUCAGUUCCAGCUACUCAAGGUGCUUGGACAGGGAUCCUAUGGAAAGGUGUUUCUGGUCAGAAAGAUCAGAGGUGUGGACAGAGGGCAACUGUAUGCAAUGAAAGUCCUGAAGAAAGCCACACUGAAAGUCCGAGAUCGUGUGCGAUCCAAAAUGGAAAGAGACAUUUUGGCAGAGGUCAACCACCCAUUUAUCGUGAAACUACACUAUGCCUUCCAGACAGAAGGGAAGCUCUAUCUAAUCCUAGACUUUCUCCGAGGGGGGGACCUUUUCACUCGUCUGUCGAAAGAGGUGAUGUUUACCGAAGAGGAUGUCAAGUUUUACCUGGCAGAAUUGGCUUUGGCCUUGGACCACUUACACAGUUUAGGAAUCAUCUACAGGGACCUCAAACCUGAAAACAUUCUUCUCGAUGAAGAAGGACAUAUAAAGAUAACUGACUUUGGUUUGAGUAAGGAAGCCAUUGACCAUGAUAAAAGAGCAUAUUCCUUCUGUGGAACGAUCGAGUAUAUGGCUCCAGAGGUGGUUAACAGGAGGGGCCACACACAAAGUGCAGACUGGUGGUCAUUUGGAGUGCUAAUGUUUGAGAUGCUGACAGGAUCGUUGCCAUUCCAAGGCAAAGACCGUAAAGAAACAAUGGCCCUUAUUCUAAAGGCCAAAUUGGGGAUGCCGCAGUUCCUUAGUCCCGAGGUACAGAGUUUAUUAAGAGCACUCUUCAAGAGGAACCCUGCUAAUCGUCUAGGCGCAGGACCAGAUGGAGUGGACGAAAUAAAAAGUCACUGUUUCUUUGCGUCGAUCAACUGGAAUAAGUUGUACAGGAAGGAAAUCAGGCCACCGUUCAAACCAACAGUCGGAAGACCCGAGGACACUUUUCACUUUGACCCAGAGUUCACCUCCAGAACGCCUACCGACUCUCCUGGCAUCCCGCCCAGUGCAAACACACACCAACUGUUCCGUGGUUUCAGUUUUGUUGCCACUAAUCAAAGUCAGGAACCAAGUGUGGCCAGCGUUCCGCCUUCCCGCCCGGAAGGGAACACCAUUAAUCCUCUUGCACAGCAUCUCCGUGGCGAUGUGGCCUUCAGUGACAUUUAUGAACUGAAGGAGGAAGUUGGCCAGGCAGCCAACUCGGUCUACAGGAAAUGUCUUCAUCGAGUGACUGCUGUGGAAUAUUCAGUGAAGAUUAUUGACAGAGGAAGGAAAGAUCCAUCUGAAGAGAUUGAGAUUCUUUUAAGAUACGGACAGCAUCCUAACAUCAACACGUUAAAGGACGUGUUUGAUGAUGGCCAAUGUGUGUACCUGGUUCAGAAUUUGUUGAGAGGAGGUGAGCUGCUCGACAGAGUGUUGACCGUGCCAAAUUUCAUUGAGAAAGAUGCAUCCGACAUCAUCUGCACACUAACCAAGACUGUGGAAUAUUUACAUUCCCAGGGGGUUGUGCAUCGGGACUUGAAACCCAGCAACAUUCACUACUGUGAUGACAGAGGACUUCCAGAAUGCAUCAGGAUAUGCGAUUUUGGUUUUGCCAAACAGCUGAGAGCUGAAAAUGGCUUACUGAUGACGCCAUGUUACACAGCAACAUUCAUGGCACCAGAGGUUCUAAAAAAGCAGGGUUAUGAUGCUGCAUGUGACAUUUGGAGCUUGGGAAUCUUACUGUACACCAUGAUUGCUGGUUUCAGUCCUUUUGCCAGCAGUCCCGAAGACUCGGCAGAAGAAAUUCUCGCUCAAAUUGGUUGUGGUAAAUUCAUCAUCAGUGGAGGUAACUGGGAGCUGGUGUCAGAUGCUGCCAAGGACAUUGUGACCAAGAUGCUCCAUGUGGACCCCCAUCAGCGCCUGACUGCCCCCCAGGUCCUUCGCCAUCCCUGGAUUGUGGGGAGAGACCAGCUCUCUGAUACAGUCCUCACAAGACAAGAUAUGCUCACUGUCAAGGGGGCGCUGUCCGCCACCUAUUCGGCCUUGAGGCGCUGUACUCCAGCUCCGCUCUUAGAACCCGUUAAGUCCUCCAGCUUGGCCCAGCGGAGGGAAUUGAAGAAAGUUGGGAGUACAGUCAUUAAUUCAGACCUUAAAGAAAAAGGGUAGAUAAAGCAGACGAAUCUGAUUUGUAAUAAGAAAAAUAAUUCUUUCACACAUGCCUCUGGAAUUAGAUAUCUAAAAUUCUGGUUCCAAAUUGUAAAGUUGCAGUGGCCUUUAUCAGAUGCAGCGGUUUGCGCUCAAUUGCCAUUUAAAAAAAAGGACACACACUGGACUCUCCCUAAGGUACAAAUGCACAACGUAAUGAGAAACACUGCUGAAUUGCAUCAUACUGAGAGAUGUUUCAAAUAUUGUCGAUACCUUCCAGCAAGUAUGUGGUUAAAGAGUGGGGGAUUGAUGUCGAAAUGAUGCAUCUGUACCUUAUACGCGUCCAGUGAAAGCAAUAACAGUUUUGAGUAUAUUUCCUCAUAAUUAAGACCAACUGACAGUGACUGCAUGGUUGAAGACUCCAAGUCAUGGUUUCCUCACUUUGGCAUACCGGGUUUCAAAAACACAUUUCCUAGAACAUCUCUUCAAUGUGAAUGUUUUAUGUUUGCUUAGUCUUCUAUGGCUCAGCAUUAAAACCUGUAGUGAGAUGCAGCUUAUUCGUCAUCCAAAAUCGGGUUCAGCAGAUGGUAGACAGAACCACGAAAAAGUAUUCAGCUUUUUCCAUUCUUAUUCACUCACUCAAAUCCACAUGCUUUUCUUCUUUAUGUGUGUAUAUAAUUCCAAAGUGAACUGAGUUAACGACACCAGUGCAGUCACAACAAGCUCAUACCAUUUGAUGGUGUGUGCGUGUUUAUGGUUGGCCUCCUUAGCUGCAUCUUAGGACCCUUACAGUCCCAAAUAAAAAAAGACUUCCAAGUAUCCGCUGAUGUCUUAUGGACCAAUUAGCUGUGAAAAUAUUCCAUUAAUCCAGCCGUGUCGUGUUCCUUUAUGACAACGUUAUUUGGCUUACAAGUCGUCAUUGUUAGCAUGGCUCGACAGUGAACACCACACCCAUAGCGACCCUUUUUAGAACGAAUAACCCUGCAAUUAUUCUGUGUGUGAUCCGCUAUGGCUGCCAUUCAGGCUUCUGUUUUUGCUUGUAGCUUUGAAAGCUAACUCAAUAAUUGCUGCAGCACUGAGUGUAAAUAAUCCGCUGUAUUAAGGCAAUCACAAAUGCGAGGUAAGAUUGAAGCAGUUUUUGAAAAUGAGAAGCCCCCUUUGCUGUGCAAUGUGUCAACCAGAAAGUAGUUCAAGAGCCACGCAAUAAUACUCUCAUGUGUAACCGAAUACAAUCGUUGUGAUGAAGCAUUGCUGUUGCAUUCACAUUAUUUUCACGAAACACCCACUUAUUAGGUUCACCAGCACAACUUAAUGAGAUCCCAAAAGAAGAAAAGAAAUAAAAGAGGUGAACCAAAAAUUGUCAUUUUACUUUUGUCAGUAAUAAACAAUAAUACCUAAUAUUAUUUAUCAUAGAGGUAUUCUUUGGACAUUAUGAUGAUUAUUGCUGCAGUCCGCGAUGGUGCAAAACUGCUAUGCAUUAAAAUUAGAUAUACCGCAGUACGCAUGUAGCUUUGGAGCUCUGGGAUUGGAUGUCGUUAGAUUGCGCCGGUGUACCACAUGUACCCAAAUUUAGUGAUUCAUCUGAAUAAACGCAUUUCCACUGCACAGUUGAGUCAGGUAGCAUAAAGCUGGUUAUGACUGAUAUGUUGAUACGUUUUAAUGAUCAAGACAUGUUUGAGGUAAUGCUGUGAAGAUGGUGCUGUUUAUUUAUGUAGACUGCACCUGGUGUUGCACUAAAUCACCUGGCCAAGGUUCAGUUGUUAUUAAUGUCAUGUGUAACAAGGAGCAAGCUUGGAGACUGUAAAUAUUGUGUGUGCAAACUGUACAUAUUGUAUCAUUCAUCCAUUUAUGGGUGCAGAUACCAUCUAUACCGGGCUAAUCAUCUAAAUGGUUGGUUAAUAUGCCAAAGUUUUACAAAUAAAAGCUAACAUUACAGACA